AUGGAGGUGGUGGCUAAUUGCUCCCUGCGGGUGAAGAGACCUCUGUUGGACCCCCGCUUCGAGGGUUACAAGCUCUCUCUCGAGCCACUGCCCUGUUACCAGCUGGAACUUGACGCAGCUGUGGCAGAGGUAAAACUUUGUGAUGAUCAAUAUACACUGGAACCCAUGCAUGCUUUGGGGAUGUAUAAUUACCUACACUGUGAUUCAUGGUAUCAAGACAGUGUCUACUAUAUUGAUAACCUUGGAAGAAUAAUGAAUUUAACAGUGAUGCUGGAUACUGCCUUAGGAAAACCACGAGAGGUGUUUCGACUACCUACAGAUUUGACGGCAUGCGAUAAUCGCCUUUGUGCAUCCAUCCAUUUCACAUCAUCCACCUGGGUUACCUUGUCAGAUGGAACUGGAAGAUUAUAUGUUAUUGGAACAGGUGAACGUGGAAAUAGUGCUUCUGAAAAAUGGGAGAUUAUGUUUAAUGAAGAGCUUGGGGAUCCUUUUAUCAUAAUUCACAGUAUCUCUUUGCUAAAAGCUGAAGAACAUUCCAUAGCUAUCUUAAUUCUUCAAAUAGAGAAAGAAGAAUUGGAUAUGAAAGGAAGUUGUUUCUAUGUUUCUCUGGAGUGGGUCACUAUUAGUAAGAAAAAUAAAGAUGGUAAAAAGUAUGAAAUUACUAAGCGUGAUAUUCUCCGUGGAAAAUCGGUGCCAAAUUAUGCUGCUAUUGAGCCAAAUGGAAAUGGUCUAAUGAUUGUCUCCUUCAAGUCCUUCAAAUUUGUUCAGGUUGAUCAAGAUCUUGAAGAAAAUAUGAAUGAAGAUAUGUCAGAGAAAAUCCAAGAACCUCUGUAUUAUUGGCAACAAACUGAAGAUGAUUUGACAGUGACAGUACGGCUUCCAGAAAACAGCAUUAAAGAAGAUGUUCAUGUGCAGUUUUUACCUGAUCACAUCAACAUUAUGCUGAGGGAUUGCCAGUUAUUGGAAGGAAAGCUGUAUUCAUCUAUUGAUCAUGAAAGCAGUACAUGGAUAAUUAAAGAGAAUAAUAGCUUGGAGAUUUUCUUGAUUAAAAAGAAUGAAGGAUUGAUAUGGCCUGAGCUAGUGGUUGGUGAUAAAAAAGGGGAACUUAUAAGAGACUCAGCCCAAUGUGCUGCCAUAGCUGAACGUUUGAUGCAUUUGACUUCUGAAGAACUGAAUCCAAAUCCAGAUAAAGAAAAACCUCCUUGUAAUGCUCAAGAGUUAGAAGAAUGUGACAUUUUUUUUGAAGAGAGUUCCAGUUUAUGCAGAUUUGAUGGCAGUACAUUAAAAACUACUCAUGUGGUAAACCUUGGAAGCAACCAGUACCUUUUCUCUGUCGUAGUAGAUCCUAAAGAAAUGCCCUGCUUCUGUUUGCACCAUGAUAUUGACGCCCUACUCUGGCAGCCACACUCCAGCAAACAAGAUGAUAUGUGGGAACACAUUGCAACUUUCAAUGCUCUAGGUUAUGUCCAAGCAUCAAAAAGAGACAAAAAAUUUUUUGCCUGUGCUCCAAAUUACUCCUAUGCAGCCCUUUGUGAGUGCCUUCGUCGAGUUUUCAUCUAUUGUCAGCCUACUCCCAUGUCCACUGUGCUUUACAACAGAAAGGAAGGCAGGCAUGUAGGGCAGGUUGCUAAGCAGCAAGUAGCUAGCCUAGAAACCAAUGAUCCUAUUUUAGGCUUUCAGGCAACAAAUGAGAGAUUAUUUGUUCUCACUACCAAAAACCUCUUUUUAAUAAAAGUAAAUACAGAGAAUUAAUUUUUCCAACAUGUUGACUUCUCUGUACUGGGAAAGUAUUCAGCAGUGACUAAAGGACUGGGUAGU